AAUAAACAACAGAAACCGAUAUAGAAGAGAAAAAAACCUUUUUAGGUAUAUAGUAGAAAAUCUUAAAUUUAUGUGGUGGUACAAAGUGGGAUUUUCCCAAAUAAAAACGUAAAAAAUCUUCUCUUUAUUUUCAUCUCUUUCUGAUUCAGAGAUCCGUGAAGAAGGUCAGAAAUACUGAAUACAGAGUAGUCUCUGCUCUCGUCGCCUUAAGCUAUCUCUUGCUAUUGUAUUCAAUAUAUAAUUACAGAAAAUGGAAAAUCUUUCUCACAAUUAUCAUUCAGUGCUCUCAACUUCUGUUAUUACACAAAAGCCUCCUUCGUCAUUUUUUUUUCUUCAACAGGUACGUAUCAUUCCUUCACCCAAUCGCUGUAGAAGCUCCAAAAGAGUCCUAAAGAUGGCACAAAACCCAGCUGUCAACCAGCAGAAAAUCAUAAUAACGAACAAUCAUGGGGAAAAGCUUGUGGGUUUAUUGCAUGAAACUGGAUCUACAGAGGUCGUAAUCUUGUGCCACGGGUUUCGAUCCUUAAAGGAACACAACACUAUGGUGAGCCUUUCUAAUGCUUUAGAAAAUGAAGGAAUAAGUGCCUUCCGCUUUGAUUUUGCUGGAAAUGGGGAAAGUGAAGGUUCAUUUGAGUAUGGUAACUACUGGAGAGAAGCUGACGACCUAUGUGCUGUAGUCCAACACUUAAAUGGAGCAAGCCGUGUUGUAAGUGCGAUUCUGGGACAUAGUAAAGGAGGCAAUGUGGUGCUCCUAUAUGCAUCUAAGUAUCAUGAUAUCCGCACAGUUGUCAAUGUUUCUGGCCGCUAUAAUCUGAAAAGAGGCAUUGCGGAUCGCUUGGGAGAAGACUUUUUGCAAAGGGCCAAGAAGGAUGGAUUUAUUGACGUAAACAAUAACAGAGGAGAAGUUGUUUUCCGGGUGACCGAGGAAAGCUUGAUUGACCGUCUAAAUACAAAUAUGCAUGAAGCAUGCCUCCAAAUUGACAACCAAUGCAGGGUCUUGACAGUCCAUGGAUCUGCUGAUGAAAUCAUACCCGUUGAAGACGCGUUGGAGUUCGCCAAGAUCAUACCUAACCACAAACUACACAUUAUGGAAGGAGCUGAUCAUGGAUACACUGCACAUCAAGCUGAAUUAGCUGCUGUAGUUUUGCCCUUCAUAAAAGAAGGCUUGCAGCAUUACAAAGAUACUUCAAGUCAGGUGUCUAGUUGAAUGUGUCCAUGAUGCAGGGCAAGAUGCUUAAGCUGUAAGUGUUGGGCUUAUCAGUGGGAGAUUCUUCACCCCUAGCAUGUUAGUUUUCGAAUGAGAAGUUCUGGUUGUAAGCACAUUACCAUUUGUUAUACUAUUAUUUGGCGUUGUAUAUUCUCUAUUAACUUGCAAAAGAAGUUGAUUGAGUAAUGUUUAAUGGCCCAUGCUUUAUAUAUUCCGUGCAAUUAGUUGAUUGGAAGAUGUAUAUCCACUCUGAUUGUCAAUCGAGUGAACUACUCUUGAAAACUAAUGAUACGAACAGGUCAUUAUGAAAAACCAUUUGUGAAUAACAGUGGGCAUCCAAAC